GUUUCGAAGAAUUAUAUGCAGGCGUGCGAUCACCGUCUUAGACUGUAAUGACAUCACAGAAAUGCCAGAGAGGUAUAUAGUGCGGAGAUGGCGAAGUGAUGUCAGUAGAACACAUACAAGGGUUCCCGUGAAGUACGUUGGGCUGGUUAGCACUCCUGAACAAACGAGGUACGAUGACAUGUUCAGGCAUUUGUAGAGGUGGCAGACCUUGCUUGCGCUGACGACGUGCGAUUAUGGAUUGGAUAAAAUGUCAAGCUGCAGAGUUACGGUCUUUGAAUUCUAGUUGUGGCAAUAAUGUUAUUUCGCAGGCUACUAGUCACAUAGCGAGCCAAAGUAAUGAUUCACAAAAUACCGCCACCACAAGCAUAUUAGAUCCCAAAUUAUCGAACAGGAAGGGGGCACCAAGAAAACUUCGAAAAAAGGGCUCGUUGGAGUCGACUUUGAAAAAAGCGAAGAUUGCUUCGACUAAAUGCAAAGGGAAGAGACCAAAUGAUAGUCAUUUUCCCGUGGAAGCCGCUGCACCGGUUGUGCAUAUCACUCCAGAACUUCAAUGUUUGCAACCAACACCAUUCUCAUAUUCCUAG